ACAAAACUCCCAACUUUAGCUCUGUUUAAAUUCUCAUAGCAUUAGUUCCUUCACCAAGUCAUUUGAACUAGUUAUUUCAACAAGUCAAGUCCUCCUCCUCCUCUUCUUCUUCUCGAGUUCUCUCCUUUCUACUUCACCAUAAUAAUGAAUUCAGACAGUCACAGGGUCAUUUCUUGUAAAGCUGCGGUAGUAUGGAAAUCAGGAGAGGAAUUGAAAUUGGAAGAGAUAGAAGUGGAUCCACCAAAUUCCACAGAAGUUAGAAUUAAGAUGAUGUAUGCAAGUCUGUGUGGAACUGAUGUUCUAUGCUGCAAUGGCUUUCCAAAGCCUUUGUUUCCUCGCAUUCCUGGGCAUGAAGGAGUUGGUGUGAUAGAAAGUGUGGGUGAAAAGGUCAAAAUUUUGAAAGAAGGAGACAUAGUGAUACCACAUUUCUUAGGAGAAUGUGGAGAUUGUCCCAAUUGCAAGUCUAAAAAGUCCAAUUUAUGCCACAAAUACCCUUUGAAUUUCAGUGGAUUAUUGUUAGAUGGAACAUCAAGAAUGUCAAUUAAAGGGCAAAGGAUUUACCACCAUGUUAGCUGCUCAACAUUAUCAGAAUACCUAGUUCUUGAUCAAAAUUAUGUUAUUAAGAUUGAUCCUAGGCUCCCUAUUGAACAUGCUGCUUUCCUUUGUUGUGCAUUUACAACUGGAUUUGGAUCAACAUUUAAGGAUGUCAAUAUUGAAAAAGGAUCAACUGUUGCUGUCCUUGGUCUUGGAGGUGUUGGACUUGGCGUAGUAGAAGGUGCUAGACAAAAAGAGGCAGCCAAAAUCAUUGGGAUUGAUAUACACGAAAUAAAGAGUGAAAAAGCAAAGAUUUUUGGGGUUACUGAUUUUAUAAAUAUUAAGGUCAGUGAAAAAUCAGUUUCAGAAUUAGUUAAAGAAGCCACUGGUGGACUUGGUGUUGACUACUUCUUUGAGUGUACAAAUGUGCCUGACCUUAUGAUCAAUGAAGCCAUUCAAUCCACAAGAAUGGGUUAUGGCACAGUGAUAUUGCUUGGGGCUGGACUUGAAUUAGAUUGGCAAAUGAGUUAUGUUCCUCUCAUGCUUGGUCGGACACUCAAAGGAUCCAUCUAUGGUGGCAUUAGAACUCGCACAGACCUUCCAUAUAUAUUUGACAAAUGUAUUAACAAGGAGAUCAAACUAGAUGAAUUAUUGACUCAUGAAGUUUCACUAAACGAUGUAAACAAGGCAUUUGAGUACUUGAAAGAACCAAAUUGCGUGAAGGUUCUUAUUAAGUUUUAAGCUCUACAACAAUAAAGAAGUGUCAGUUAAGGGUCUAAUGAAAAUAAUCUCUUUACCUCACAAGGUAAAAAUAAGGUUUGUUAUUGUCGUUGUUGUUGUAACAAUAAUGUAAUGUGGAGCAUGAUCAAGCUUGUACUGUUCUUUGCCUUUUUUUUCCUUUAGAUAUUUGUAGUUAGGAUUUGAUUGAGGAUCAUUUGACUCUGAAACACAAAGUAACAAGUCAAUAAUUGUAACGAUUUGGCCGAUCGU